UACGAUUGGCAGAUAAAUAUUUUUUCGUAAAAUUUGGUUGUAUUGUCGCUAUAUCAAUGAAUGUUUUAAAAGAUAUUACAUAUGCCAUAUGAAACUUAACAAAAUGUGAUUCAAAUAAUAAUAAGGAUAUUUUUAUCUUCCCUAUGCUACCAAUAUGUCAAUUACAAUUCAAAAUAUUAUUCUUGAUGCCAAAAGGCUUGCAGGUAGAUUGAAAACUAGAGAAGCUGCUGGAGAUUCUUUGAUAAAAAUAACACAAUCUUUGAGCAAACAAAUUGACAUAAUAAAACAAUACCCAGAUGAAUUGGAAUUACUAAAUGAAGUAGCACCUCAAAGACCACACACUGCUCUAAUUGCUGGUAUACAGCAAGAGAAUCGAUAUAUAAGAGAAAUCCAACAAGAGAAUCGAGAACUACGUGCUGCAUUAGAAGACCAUCAACAUGCUUUGGAACAUAUCAUGACUAAAUAUAGACAACACACUACUUAUCAAAUGAGAAAAACUAAAAUUGAUUUUUCUUUAGUACAAAAUGAAGAGCAGGAACAGCUUAUAAAACAGCAGGCUAAUAAGAUUCAAGAGAUGGUAUAUAUUAUGCAAAAGGCUGCUAAUAUUGAUGAGGAGCUUCUAAUCAAGAUCAAGAGCAACUUUGUCGUUAACAACAGAAAUAAGGGACUUAGAGAGUUGUUGAAGAUUGCAAAAAGCUAUGGAUCUGAUGGCGAAAAUAUAUUAUCUAUUACAUGCAAAUGA